AUGGUUGAAGCGUCAAUUAACCAGAAGUCAAAAACAGAAGAGAAGCCAAUGUAUUUGGAUUCUAAGCUGUCAGUGGACUCGACGUGCUCAACAAGAGUAAAUAACUCGACGGACUUCUCAGUGUAUUCGUCAGACAGCUUCGACGUGAAGACAACAAACGUGGAAAGCACACGAAGCCCAGCGAGUAGCAUCGAAGAGAGUAAUAACACGGAUCCGAGUAAUAGAUCGAGUAGUACAGUGAAAGUGUUAAACUACGAAGAAGACCGGCAGCCAAUGGAGAUAGGCCAGGAGGAAAAUUACGAAGCUAUGAGCCCAGAGUACGACUACAAGAGGAAGAGAGUGGUGUUUGACGGAAAAAAGAGAGAAAUGAUGCCAGAAUACGUCUCGGAAGAAAUAUUAAAUAAAAGUAAAUACGGACAGAUGAGCGUUCUGAGCAGAAGCGAAGACAAAUACUACUACACCACCGGAGGAGAAAGUAGCACGGGAGAGCAGCAGCCAGGGAUGAGUAAAAGUCUGGACGAAAUCAUGAAAAACGUAACCAGUAACGCAUACAAGGUGUACGAAGACGACAUCAUGGAGCUGGAAAAAUGCUCAAAGAAAAUGAAAUACGAAGAAGAAGAAGGAUACUCACAGUUCGACAGUAACACGAGCACAGUUAACAGCGAUAGUAACAGCGUAGCAGACGGAGCGGAAAUUAUAGCGCCAGUGGAGUCGGAAGAAGUAAACGAAAACGGAGAAGAAAGAAGCAACGAAGCAAGGAGAGUGUUCAAGGAUAUAUUUGACCCGAAAAACUGGGAUAAAAGUUGGACAAUAUACACAAAGCCGAGAAAGGACAGGUCAGCAGAGCUAGUGUCGGAGCUGUACGUGUUUAUGCUGCAGCUGAAGCUGCUGAACUCGCUGGAGCUGGUGAGAGCAGUGUGCAGACCCUGGGGAGUGCCGCCGCACGGAAACGACUACGUCUUCCACUUCGACCAGAUAGCAGGCUCUAGAGACCUGGCGCUGCUGCAAAAGUACGAAGAGGUGUUCGCGCCGCUCUACGGAAAGUUUAAGGCAGGGAGUCCGUCGGUGCUGUGGACGCGUCUGGCGGACGUGGACUACUUCAAAAUAGUGUUCAAGCUGGAGUGCAUACGCUUUAAGCAGCCCUUCAGCUCAACAAUCUACGAAAACAUACUGCGCUACACACUCUCGAAGCUGCACGCAGCAAGGUCACAGCUGGGAGUGGAAGAUGACGAGGAAGGGUCGCCAGUGGGAGACCUGGAGUCGCUGAACAACAAACACGCAAUGGAGGAGGUGAACGUGAAGCGCAAGGUCUGCGGAGUAUGCGGAAACAUAGUUAAGAAAGAGUGCAGCUACUGCGCAUCAAUGGACAGCUCGCCGUCAAACAGAAUACUUAUCAGCAAGGUGCAAGUGAGCACGGAGGAAGGAACGAGCUCUGCGUUCGCAAGAAACGGCGCGCCAAAAAUUAAUGGAAAAAAUAAGGGUCUGACGAUGUCAACCGUCGACACUGGAGGGCUAGAGGCCUCCAGUGUCGACGCAGUGACCAUCGAAGCGGAUGGAGCGACAUUAGGCGAAGAUGAGAUGGCACUGGAGAGAGAAGAGAGCGUCAGAGAAGUCGUUGAGAGCGCAAAGUGCGCAGCAGGAGGAAGCGUAACAACAGCGUACGUUCCAGGGGGCAGGGAAGCGCUCGUUAACGGGAAUAGGUCGUCCAGCACCAAGGAGGAGGUCAACGGAGAUGUACUCAAAGAAAGAGAUGCAUACAGUAGAGGGUCGUCAAGGAUGGCAACAGUAAUCAAAGAUACUGAGCACGCAAAGGGACUUUUAGGAGGCCAAAGAAAUGGAGUCUGCAUUGAGCACGCGAGUAAGUUAGGACGUCUAGGAGGAACGGGAGGAAGCGCCAUGAGUAACGGCGACUACCACAACAGCGACGUAUACGCGUUGUCGUCGGACGGAUACUACGCCUCGGGGAAGAAGGACGGAGUGUACGAGAAGGAGUACGGAAUGGAGGAAGACGAAGUGUACGACCUCAGUCUGAGCGGAGGAGUGCAGGUGAGAAGCGUCGAGAGGCGCAAGUCAGUGGAACCGGACGGAGACGAGUGGCCGGAAAGAAGAAUCUCGGAGUCGGAAGGAUUCAUACUCACCAACUUCUCAGCAGGAAACGAAUAUGAGUCGCCGAACAUAUACAAGGAGGACAUAGCAACGUCAUUUAAGUACUCGACGCCCUCAGCAGGAGAUAAGUCAGCGACAGGAACGAGGAGCGCGGGAGUUGUAAAGGAAGGAGCGUACGGAAUUAUGAGAAACUCGCAGGACGACGACGAGGACACGACGACCAACGACAAUAACACGAGGCUUAUCAGCAGUGACCUGGUGGACGCAAGCGAAGUCGACGUUACGACGCACUCGAACCUGGACUUCGGAGAACACUUCCCAGACCACACAGGACAAGGAGAAGGUUGCGGAGGAAGGAUGGAAGGAGAGAGAGGAGCGGAUGAAGAAGAAAGAAAGUUGAAGGAGGAAAUGGUUAAAAACGCAAUGUUCAGAGAAAGUGUGUUGAAGACAAACAUGUUUAAAGAUAACCCACUGACAGAAGAUAUGCUUAAGAACCUGGACAGAGACUACAACUACGACGGAUACAGUAGAGGGUUCACGACGCACUAUAAGAAGGGAGAAGGGAUGAAGACGAGUGAAAAUUAUGGGCUCCUGGACGAGGAGGUGCUGCUGAGAGACGAAGCAAUACUGGCGAGUCUGGACGAGGACAUGGUUAACUCGGAGGUGACUGAGGAAGAAAGCUACCACCAGGUGACAGACCAGGACAUAGAAAAAAUAGUGCUCUCAGUGCUUAACAGAAGGCUCCCAGGAGAGUACACGAAGUAUGACCAGAACCCACUGAUGGCACUCUACGGAAGUAAGUCGGAAGGCUCGGUCAACGCAGGAGAGCAGCUGAGCAUGGGAGGGACAAUGGAAGGAUACGCACACAAGGGAGACAGAGGAAUGCAGGCGAAGAAGAUAAAGAAGAAGGAGGACGACUACAGAAACGUGGACAAGUACGCAUACGUGGAAAACAAGUACGCAAGAAUGGAAAACAGAUACAACUACAUGGACUACACGCCGAGCUAUUACACGACGACGACCACGAAGGAUAAAAGGAAGACGAGAGACCUGGACUACGAAGAGGGCUACUACGACGACAUGAUGCAGCAGAAGCAGUACGGAGCGUCCAAGGACAAGGAAAUUAAAAUCAGCUCGCACGUGGUCUCCGCGAGCGUGAGCUACGACAAGAGGCAGCAGCGCUUCAUGGCGCAGUGGAAGACGCGCGAGGGCACGAAGCACUCAAAGUCGUUCUACGCGAAGCGCUACGCAUCGCCGAUCAUGGCGCGCAAGCACGCGGAGCUCUACAAGAUGUACAUCCUGCAGCACAGAGUGAUGAACGCGUCGGAGCUGGUAGAGCCGACCUACGAGCAGCUGCUGGCAAACAACUUCAAGGACCUCGACAGCAUCAACGUGGGAGAGCUGGACUACGAACUCGUCACGGAUAACAAGGACGGGACCAACAGCACCACGCAUACAAGUAACACUAAUAGCAAAAACAACUGUACCAAAAACACGGACGUUAGCAGAAAUAGCAGUAACAACAAUACACGAAACGUCAUUAAUGGUAGAAACGAAACUGAUAACACGAACAGUAACGAACAUCUCCACAAAAAAAAUAGAACAAUAGUGAAACAGAUUGAGCAGCAAGGAGUGGCAGGGGUAAAGUCAGCGAUAUCGGAAACGUUUCAGCAAAGCCAGGAUUGUAACAGUAACAUGGCGAAUGGAAGCUGUUCAAUCAUUGUGUAUUCAAACGAUCCGAUGACAAAUGCUGACAGUAAGGGACUGAAUAGUGAUUUAACAAAAGCCUUUAUAAACCUUGUAAGUAGCUUUAGUGGAGAUGAUAUCGAAAAGCGAAGACUAGGAGCACCGCAAACAAGGAAUAAGAGACAAGAAAUGAAUAAAUAA